AUGCGCAGCCCGUGCGCCGAGAGCGCCCGCCGGCAGCCCCUGCUGCACCGCUCCAAGUCAGACCUGAGCGACCGCUACUCGCGUGCCACCGCCGACCUCGAGCGCUUCUUCAACUACUGCGGGCUGGACCCCGAGGAGCUGCAGAGCCUGGGCGCCGAGCGCUUUGCCCGCGCCGCCUCCGACAUCGUCUCUGUGAAGCUGCCCAGCGGCAGCACGGCGAGCUCGGAGGGCGGCCGCUCGCCGUGCAGCGGCGCCAGCCCCGUGGGGCGCCCGCCCGAGCGCAUGCCCUAUGGCAUCUCCAUCGUGGAGCGCAAUGCCCGCGUCAUCAAGUGGCUCUACGGGCUGCGCCAAGCCCGCGAGCCCCAGAAGGUCUCCAAUGUCUAG